CAGCGCCUGGAACCGUACGAGGGGCACGCAUUCUACGCUUUCUCUGGCAAGAAUGUUAGUUCCUGCUCUUCCCUGGCCGUUUCCUGUAAUCGUACAGUGUUGUGAGACGGAGAAAGCCAUGUGUGUCGAUGCAAAGCUUUUUACCUAAAAGUUGAGAAGAACUGGACUGCGACUAUAGAUCUUCCUUCUUCGGAGUCUUUUCCCGCUCUACCCAUCUCCCUGUGUGGAGAGGGCAACAUGGCAGACCCCAUCAUGGACCUCUUUGAGGACACCCCUCUGUUUAACCUUGAUGCCCUGCCGGACGGUUCAUUCACUCAGGGCUCCUCGGACCCCGUAGAGGAGGCUCUUAAGCUGGCUUUGGGCCAAGUGGACCCAUCAACCGAGGCUGAUCUCAUGGACAACACGGGCCUCUGCCUUUCUGUAGCAGCUCCUUCCAACCUGGACCCCGUCCCCGUUCAAGUCCUCACACAGCAGCCGGUGCCGGUGGCGACUGCUCAGACUAUUUCCAUAUCUGCAGCUCCCACUGUAGUCCCUGCUCCUGCCGUGGUAGAAACUGUACCUCAGACCCAGACCACCAUACCCAUUGUCAGCAGCACCAGCGUGGCCACCAGUAGCACGGUCCUGCUGCGCUCACCUCUGACUGUUUCCAGCUCCCCGGUCAUCACCACCACUGCCAACACGCAGCAGCUCACGCAGAUAACUCACCAGCUCACUCCGCAGCAGUUAGCUGCCAUCACACAGCAGGCCGGCGGUAAAAUUGUCAUUCUCAAAGGGCCACAGGGUCAAGCCCAGGUGCUGCAGACUGUUUCAGGAGCCACAGGGCAGACCACUGGAAAGGUCAUCCGUGUGUUAUCCGGCACUCAAUUUAAACCUGGCAUGAACAUACUGCAGGGCGGGACAGUUUUGAAUCAGGCGGGCCAGGGACAGGCUCAAGUCAAGGUGGGCACUGCGGGGGUGCAGAGGCUGCUGCAGUCUCCUAACGGGCCAGUGAAACAGAUGGUGCUGACCACCAUGCCCCAGCAGACGCAGGGCCAGACAGUCCAAGUAAACUCCCAAGGCCAGGUGCAGCUGCAGCCAGCCAUGCAGGCCCAAAUGCAGGGUGGCGAACAGAAGAGGAUCACACUGGUUCUCCAGCAGCCAUCCCAGGGAAUGGCUGCGGGUCAAGGCCAGCAGCAGAUCACACAGGUGCAGCAGGGGGGGACUAGACUGGUGCUGGGGCAGCUCCCCGGGGGCAAACUGGUGCUUCAGGGAAGCCAGCUAGCAGCCCUGACCCAGGCCCGGGCUGCAGGCCAGGCUGGAGGCCAGCCCAAAGUCCUCACCAUUCAGCUGCAGGUGCAGCAGCAGCCCAACCAGCAAGGGGGAAUUAAGUACCAGCUGGUCUCAGGAACGGGAACUCCCGGCGGCCCACAGGUGCUGCAGAUCACUCAGAGCCAAGGAGGACAGAGAGUUGCAGUGCCGCUCAAAAUGCUUCUGCAGCCACAGACAAGCGGGACAACCUCGCUCGGCGGCACCGUCUCCGUGGUGAAGGUCAUCAACACGUCGGCAGCGGGCCCCUCCAACACGACCACCACGCCGUCCCAGGCCAUCCGCAUCACAAAGGCUCCUGGAGAGCCGACCUCUGUGCGGCGAGUGGAGAUCCUGUGCAAGCAGGAGAAAGCAAACCGCAUCGUGGCUGAAGCUAUAGCCCGGGCGAAGGCGCGCGGCGAGAAGAACCUGCCCAGAGUCCUGAACCAGGACGAGCUCCCGGCCACGCAGACCUCCCCAGAGUUGGGGGGCACCGUCACCGUGGUGUCUACUGCAAAGAAAAAGAGUGGCGGAGGAGGUAGCAAGAAGAAAAGUCCUGUAGCUGGAGGAGCAACGCCCAAAAGCUCAGGAGGGGACAAAAAGGGCAAAGCGAAGACGCCAGGAGGAGCAACAGGAGCGUCUGGAGGCACAGUGAUACCUGGGUCUGGGAACAAGAGCAAAAGCAAGACUAAGACAAACACUAUUACUCUAGUGGGAGCAAAGAAAAGGAAGAGGACUGGGUCCUCAGACCACUCUGAUGGGGAGUUGAGUCCUGCCUCACCUACUACGCUGGAUGAUGACCUCAUUACGAGGCGUUCCAAUCGCGUGGUGAAAAGGAAGAAGUACACAGAGGACCUGGACAUCAAGAUAACGGACGAUGAGGACGAGCAGGAGGAUGUAGAUGUUACUACGACCGCAGCAGCUGUGGCCUCCAUCAGCGGCGGGUCAGCCGCGCAGCUCAAACAGGAGCUGGAGCUGGACGCCGACGGACAGCCCAGCAUGCAGUUCUUUGUGGAAAACCCAAGUGAAGAAGAUGCUGCUAUUGUAGACAAAGUUCUGUCUUUGAGGCUAACCAAGAAGGAAGUUUGUGUGGGCCAGUACACCAACGUUGAGGAAUUCUUUGUAAAAUACAAGAACUAUUCAUACAUGCACUGUGAGUGGGCCAGUUUGGGUCAGCUGGAGAAAGAUAAGAGGAUCCAUCAGAAGAUCAAGAGGUUCAAGGCCAAGCAGGCACAGAUGAGACACCUCUUCCAGGAGGAGGAGGAGGCUUUCAACCCAGACUAUACGGAGGUGGACAGGAUCCUGGACGUCUCCCACAGUGUGGACAAAGACAAUGGCGAGCCUGUUAUCUACUACUUGGUGAAGUGGUGCUCUCUGCCUUAUGAAGACGCCACUUGGGAGCUGAAGGAGGACGUGGAUGAGGGCAAGGUCGAAGAAUUCAGCAAAAUUCUAAACCGACAACCCCGCCUGAAAAGAACGGCACGGCCCUCUGCCAGUGCAUGGAAAAAGUUGGAGGAAACCAGAGAGUACAAAAAUUCCAACAUACUCAGAGAGUACCAGCUAGAAGGAGUCAACUGGCUGCUCUUCAACUGGUACAACAGGCAGAACUGUAUCCUGGCAGACGAGAUGGGUCUGGGGAAGACCAUCCAGUCCAUCGCGCUGCUGUCGGAGGAGUACGAUGCCGGCGUCACCGGCCCUUUCCUGAUCAUCGCUCCACUCUCCACCAUCACCAACUGGGAGAGGGAGUUUGUCACAUGGACCGACAUGAACGCCAUCGUGUACCACGGCAGCCUGGCCAGCCGACAGAUGAUCCAGCAGUAUGAGAUGUACUUCAAGGAUGACAAGGAUCACUUGAUCCCUGGUGCGUACAAGUUUGACGCCCUCAUCACAACGUUUGAGAUGAUCCUGUCCGACUGCCCGGAGCUGAGGGAGAUCUCCUGGCGCUGCGUGAUCAUCGAUGAGGCUCACCGACUCAAGAACCGCAACUGCAAGCUGUUGGACAGCUUGAAGAUGUUGGAUCUGGAACACAAGGUGUUGUUGACCGGCACUCCUCUCCAGAACACGGUGGAGGAACUCUUCAGCCUGCUUCACUUCCUGGAGCCGGCUCAGUUUUCCUCUGAGACUGAAUUCCUCAGAGACUUUGGGGACCUCAAAACAGAAGAACAGGUUCAGAAGCUGCAGGCCAUCUUGAAACCCAUGAUGUUAAGAAGACUCAAAGAGGAUGUCGAGAAGAAUUUGGCGCCCAAACAGGAAACCAUCAUUGAGGUUGAGUUGACGGAUGUCCAGAAGAAGUAUUACCGGGCCAUCCUGGAGAGGAACUUCACUUUCCUCAGUUUAGGUGUGACCAGUAACAGCAACGUCCCCAACCUGCUCAACACUAUGAUGGAGCUACGCAAGUGCUGCAACCACCCCUACCUCAUCAAUGGCGCGGAGGAGAAGAUCGUCACGGAGUUGCGGCAGGUGUACGACCCCAUGGCCUCCGACUUCCAUUUGCAGGCUCUGAUUCGCUCGGCCGGCAAGCUGGUGCUACUGGACAAGCUGCUGCCUCGCCUCAAGGCCGGCGGCCACAAGGUGCUCAUCUUCUCCCAGAUGGUGCGCUGCUUGGACAUUCUGGAGGACUACCUCAUCAACAAGAGAUACCUUUACGAGCGAAUCGAUGGCAGAGUGCGUGGGAACUUACGACAAGCUGCCAUCGACCGCUUCAGCAAGCCCGACUCGGACCGAUUCGUCUUCCUGCUGUGUACCAGGGCUGGAGGCCUGGGUAUCAACCUCACUGCGGCUGACACCUGUGUGAUAUUCGACUCUGACUGGAACCCUCAAAAUGACCUGCAGGCUCAAGCUCGGUGUCAUCGCAUUGGCCAGUCCAAGGCGGUGAAGGUGUACCGUCUGAUCACUCGGAACUCCUAUGAGAGGGAAAUGCUGGAUAAAGCCAGUCUGAAGCUCGGGCUGGACCGUGCCGUCCUGCAGAGCAUGAGUGGGAACAAAGAAGGCAACAACAACGGGCCGGUGCAGCAGUUCUCUAAGAAGGAGAUCGAGGACUUGCUGAGGAAAGGAGCCUACGCCGCCAUCAUGGACGAGAACGAUGAAGGCAAUCGCUUCUGCGAGGAGGACAUAGACCAGAUCCUGCAGCGAAGAGCCACCACCAUCACCAUCGAGAACGAGGGCAAGGGCUCCACGUUCUCCAAGGCCAGCUUCGUGGCCUCUGAGAACCGGAACGACAUCGCUCUUGACGACCCUGAGUUCUGGCAGAAGUGGGCCAAGAGAGCCGACAUAGACAUGGACACCAUGACCAGAAAGAACACCCUCGUGAUCGACACUCCAAGAGUCCGCAAGCAGACCCGCCAGUUCUCCAGUUUACGAGGUGAAGGUGGAGACCUGUCCGAUGACAGCGACGAUGAGUAUCCGCCUGCCAACUCCAGACAGUCGCGGGCCUCCCGGCGCUCCGACCGCCACAGUGGAACUGGCUACGGACGCACCGACUGUUUCCGGGUGGAGAAGCACCUGCUCGUCUAUGGUUGGGGUCGCUGGAAGGACAUCUUGUCUCACGCCAGAUGUAAGCGGCGUCUGAGUGAACGCGACGUGGAGACGAUCUGCCGUGUCAUCCUGGUGUUCUGUCUGCUCCACUAUCGGGGAGAUGAGAACAUCAAGAGUUUCAUCUGGGAGCUCAUCACACCACCGGAGAACGGGCGCGAACCCCAAACACUUCUCAACCACUCUGGCCUGUCUAUCCCUGUUCCAAGAGGCAGGAAGGGUAAGAGGGUAAAGGCCCAGAGCACGUUUGAUAUUCAGAAGGUGGAGUGGAUCCGCAAGUUCAACCCUGACACCCUGCUACUGGACGACAGCUACCGCAAGCACCUCAAGCACCAGUGCAACAAGGUGCUGCUGAGGGUGCGGAUGCUCUACUAUCUGAAACAGGAGGUGAUUGGAGAACAUUCAGACGCCGUCCUGAAAGGGGCUGACAUCAGGGAUGUUGACAUCUGGAUGCCUGAGAUGGAGCAGCAGGAGUUCCCUGCAGGAUGGUGGGACACUGAGGCAGACCGCUCACUGCUUGUUGGCGUGUUCAAACAUGGUUACGAGAUGUACACCACUAUGCGUGCUGAUCCCUGCCUCAGCUUCCUGGAGAGAGCCGGUCGGCCCGACGACAAGGCCAUCGAUGCUGAGCAGCACACUGGAGACGCCGAGCUGGGAGAUGAUGCUGACUUUGAUAAAUACUCAGAGGACCCGGAGUUCAAGCCUGCGUCAAGACACGCCAAAGAUCUGUUUGACGAGACUGACUCCAUGAACGUGGACGAUGAGAUUACUGUGGAAGACAAGGUGGGUCCGGUGAUCACGGAGAGCUUUUCCAGCCAGAGCGGUGCGUGCGACUGGCCCUCCAGCUCUUCGCUGACGGCGCGCAUGCGGCGGCUGAUCACGGCGUACCAACGCAGCUACAGGCAGGUGCAGCUGAAGAUCGAAGCGGAGGCGAAGGGCGACCGCAGGCGCAGGCGCUGCGAACAGGCCAGCAAGCUGAAGGAGAUCGCACGGCAGGAGCGCCAGCAGAGCUCCACUGUCUGUGUUUCCCCCAGGUGGACGCGUAGGGAAGAAUGCGACUUCUACCGCGUGGUUUCCACUUUCGCAGUGCAAAAGUUUAAAAAGGAGCCAGGACUUCCUGAGGCAGGAGAGCCUGAGUUUGACUGGAACCGCUUCCGUACCUUUGCUCGUCUGGACAAGAAAACAGACGAGAGCCUCAGUCGAUAUUUCCACUCUUUUGUCGCUAUGUGCCGGAGAGUUUGCCACCUGCGCACAGGCCGCGAAGAUGUAGUCGAGCAUCCCCAGAAUGUGGCCCCCAUCACUGAGGAGCGUGCUUCCCGUACCCUUUACCGCAUCAGCCUGCUGCGUCGCCUCCGUGAGCGAGUCCUGACGCAUCCGCUGCUGGCGGAGCGUCUUUCUCUGGCUCCGAACACCUCCGAGCUGCCCGCCUGGUGGAAUAUUCCCGAACACGACCAUCAGCUGAUGCUCGGGUCGUCUCUGCAUGGCGUCAGCCGCACCGAGCUCUCCAUCUUCCCAGACCCUCAGUUCUCCUUCAACCAGGCUCGGGAUGAGUUUGUCUUGACCCAGCAGUCUGCUCCACCUCCGCCUCAGCCCAUCAUGCCCAUCAUGCCCACCAUCCUGCCAAAGGUGGAGGAGGACAUGCCUGUUGUGAAAGAGGAGCAGGCUGACGAGGACUCCCUGCUGCUUGGAGGAGAAAUCAGUGCCGUCCUGCAGAGCACGCCCAGAAGUCAUCAUGAUGGCAAGGAGCGAGGGCAGGGCUGGAACAUCAAGAGGAGCAAGGGGAGGGUCGGGAAAUCAGGAGAGAGGAAGGGGGAGGGAGGCUCGGAUUCCGAUUCUGACUCGGAUUCAGGCUCGUCGUCUUCUGGGCGAUCAGGCAGCAGCGAUGAGAGUGGAGAGAGUGAUGAAGAAAGAGCACGCAUGAAGAUGUGUGACGUGGAUGGAGACAACAGUUUACUCUCUAUGAGCACAUCUCAGGACGGCCUUCUUCCCCCCGAUCCUCUCAGAGUGGAUUGGCCCAAGGACCGCGUGUUGAUCAACCGCCUGGACAGUUUGUGUACGCUGACGCUGAGCGGUCAGUGGCCCACGGGGCGGCGCUACCUGCCUGAGGCUCAGCUCGCCCCGAGCUCAGAGCUGGGGGGAGACGAGAUGGCGUUCACGAGGUUGAACCGUAAACCCGGCGGCACACCAGGGGCCCCCGGGGAGGAGGGUGAAGAUGGGGAGUUCACCGUCAAGCUCCUUAAGGAGGAGGGGCUGAAGCUGACCUUCUCGAAGCACGCCAUGAUGCCCAACGGAUCAGGGGGAGAGGGCAGUGCCCGCAAGAAGCGCAAGGACCAAGACUUAUCAGACCCAGAUGGACUCAAUGAUCCUCUGGAGAAAACUCCUCGGCGCAGGGACCCCCCCACCUGGUUGAAGGAGAACCCAGAUUAUGAGGUGGAGGGAGACAUGUUGGAGCUUCUUGAGAACAGGAGCAAGAGGAAGAGGAGGAGGAGGGCAGACAAAGCCCUGACAGGCAGUGAGAAGGUCAAAGUCAUUAACAUGCGGACAGGAAAGAAGGUUGGAGCUGCUUUCUGUCCGAUGCUGCAAGACCUGAAGGAAUACCUGCAGGAAAACCCUGACAACGCUGUAGCAGCCGACUGGUCUGAGACUGUUCGGAGCUCUGGCUUCCUGCCCGAGACCUUCUUCCACCGACUGCUGAGCGAGCACUCGGAGCUCCCGAAGAAAAGCCGACGCCGCCACCAUCACCAUCACCACCACCUUCACCACACUCCAGAGCCCACCACCGAAGACCCCAACCUGGACGGGGUUGAAGAGGAGACCCUGGUGUCAGACGGAGCCUACAUGAUGGACGAGGAGGACCUGGAGACCUCCCACCACUUCCUCACCAGUCCAGACUUUGACGUUAAAAUGGAGGGCGGCGACAGCCUUUCCCAAGGCGACUACGACAGCUCCGAUCAAGAGGCGCUAUUGGACGAUGUCAUCAUAGCACAGAAGGACUCCGACUCCUCAUCGAGCUCAGAGGAUUGACUAAACCCCCCUUCCCGCACACAUCGGACGUAGUCCCCUUCUCAACAAUGAAUCAUGUUAUUCCUCGUCGUUUAUUUUUACCAUAUUAUGUUUCAAAUUACAGAUUAAUGUUUUUUUUCGUUGCUACUUUUAUUCAUUAUUUUAUAUAGAGAUUUUUUCCAUGAAAGGAGCAGGUUUGCACCCAUCUGUUUUCUUUUUUCGUCAUCACAGUUGUGUUCCAUCUUUCUCUCCUUGCUCCUCCUCUCUGACCUCUGACAUAAUGGCAAAAAGCUGAGCUUUCUUAUUUCAGGACUCGUCAUUCUCCUCCUCUUCCUGUCCCAUGACAUUCCCAGCCAUGACCAAAAGGGGACCCCUGCUGUACAGAUGCCCUUUUCUUAUCAAAUAACCUCAAUGCUGGUCCUCUAAGCGCUACAUGCAACUGGACGUGUACUGAGCAGAAGCGUGGAUCCAGAUCCCACAACCCCCCCCCCCCUCAACCACCAACCACCACCAAUCUUGUUUGGUCAUAGCUACUGUCCUGACAAGACUGUGAACUAAAAGGGGAUCCAGUGUGUGGGUGUACUGUUAAUGUUUUCACUCUGUGGGAGGGGGGGAAGUGGUGUAUUAGUUACUGAAGCAGUGCUAGGAGGAUGGGUGUAUUGUACAAUGUAGAGCUGAUCAGUUGUGUACUGUGGUACAAAGAUGACGGCAGUGAGUUACUAUUCUUGUUUUAUGAUCUGAGUGUAUCUGUGAAAGGAAUAACAGCAAUCUACAGUGAAA